GAAGCACUUCCCCGUAUCAAUCGCCGGCGCGAGAGAGAGAGAGCUCGUAACGAAUUACGACAAAGUAGCGGCGAAUCUCCGUCGACUCUGACCGCAACAUGUGGCGGAGGCUCGUCUCCGGCGGCCACCUGCGCCUCCCCCUCCCUGGCCGCUCCAUCCCGCAUCGCGCCCGCCGCCGCCGCCGCGCACCCCACCGUCGCCUCCGCCGUCAACUCCAUCCUCCUCCGCUCCCUCAAGGAGCACUACCUCGAAGUCUCCAAGAUGACUCCUCCUCCCAAGGUGAAUCCCCCGUCGCCGUUCACCAUCGUGAAGGGCGCGCUCGACGCCGACGGUCCGGUCCUCCGGCGGACUUACAACGACGAAGAGAUCAGCCUCUACGUCAUGCGGCUGGCGAAUCUGGUCCCCGGCGGCGGCCGAGAGGACGACGGCGAGGACGACAUCAAUCAGCUGUUCCUUCACGUGAGCAUCGCGAAGCCUGGCCAGGAGGAGGCCCUGCAUUUCCUGUGCGGGUUGUAUCCGGACGCGCUGGGGAUUCACUCUGUUUCGAUGAGGCCGAAGCUCGAGACGACGGGUUUCCUCGUGGUUCCGAAGAAAUACAAUGGCCCCAUUUUCGAAGACCUUGAUGAAAAGGUGAGGGAUGUGCUUCACAGUUACAUUGAGGAACGGGGGGUGAAUGAGAGUCUCUUCCCAUUUCUUCAAGCAUGGCUUUAUGUCAAGGAUCAUAGGGGUCUGAUGCGUUGGUUUAAAUCAGUGGGUACAUUUAUCAACAAAGAUAAGUCUGCAAAAGAUGAUUAAUUUCAGUGAGUACCAUCCAUAAGUGAAAAGGCUGGUUUUCGCUGCUUUUUCUUCCAUAGCUUAUUGGAGAGGAAGUUCUAUGGCCCGCAGAAAGCUUGGUGAUUGAGCUGCUACUGUUUUGUGGCCAUGCAGAUUGCUUGGUGAAGCUAAGAAGUGCUAGUGGAGGGCAUUUUUCAGUUGCGCUUCACUUUGGCCGAUUGGGAACAAGAGAUUCUCAGAUUUGCGUACUUAUUCGUUAGUUGGCAGAUGUUACAUGGGACGGUCUAAUGUUAUAUUUUGGUUUGUAAUUUUAUUUUUCACCAGUUUAAUGUGCCAUUGUUUUGCCAGCAACUAAUUACUUGAGGUUCUUCUUGUUACCCAAGACAUUCUCUGCGAUCUACCUGCUCAAUUUUGGUUUGAAAUUUGAACCUCACCAUUGCCAGGA